AGAUAAAUCAUAAGAAAGAUUCAAUAACAGUAAUAGAGUAAUAACAGUGAUUACUGAUUAGUCUAAAAGACUAAAACUCGAGGAUGAUGACUUAAUCAAAGGGCUUAGAUUCAUCCACGUGUCUAAAACCCGUUUAAUCAAAGAUCUCUUAAAUACGACAUACACAUGCAGCUACCUCCUAGACAGAGAUAUAAUACAGACUCAUCUCACUUUGUAUUAUUUGAGUGUUUUUAUAAAACCAUUUUUCCAUCUUCCUCAUCACCUUCCCAAGAAGAAGAACACCAAAGAAGAAGAAAGGUUAAUAAUGAUGGGCAGUGUCGAGCUGAAUCUGAGGGAGACUGAGCUGUGUCUUGGUCUUCCCGGUGGAGAUACAGUGGCUCCGGUAACCGGAAACAAGAGAGGGUUCUCAGAGACGGUUGAUCUGAAGCUAAAUCUGAAUAAUGAGCCUGCAAACAAGGAAGGAUCUACGACUCAUGACGUCGUGACUUUUGAUUCCAAGGAGAAGAGUGCUUGUCCUAAAGAUCCAGCCAAACCUCCGGCCAAGGCACAAGUUGUGGGAUGGCCACCGGUGAGAUCAUACCGGAAGAACGUGAUGGUUUCCUGCCAAAAAUCAAGCGGUGGCCCGGAGGCGGCGGCGUUCGUGAAGGUAUCAAUGGACGGAGCACCGUACUUGAGGAAAAUCGAUUUGAGGAUGUAUAAAAGCUACGAUGAGCUUUCUAAUGCUUUGUCCAACAUGUUCAGCUCUUUUACCAUGGGCAAACAUGGAGGAGAAGAAGGAAUGAUAGACUUCAUGAAUGAGAGGAAAUUGAUGGAUUUGGUGAAUAGCUGGGACUAUGUUCCCUCUUAUGAAGACAAAGACGGUGAUUGGAUGCUCGUCGGCGACGUUCCUUGGCCAAUGUUCGUCGAUACAUGCAAGCGUUUACGUCUCAUGAAAGGAUCGGAUGCCAUUGGUCUCGCUCCGAGGGCGAUGGAGAAGUGCAAGAGCAGAGCUUGAAGUCAAAUUAAAAGGAUAAGUGGUAUCGAUUAUAUAUUUGAUUAACACAUUGAUUGGUGUUAAUUGCUCUUUUUUUUCUUACGAUGAAAUACAUUGUUCAGUUUCUUUUGAUUGUCUGUGUUUUGAUCUGGAUUUGGUAUGUAGAUAUAGUUUGUAUGCUAUUAUGUGUAAUGAACUUAAGUUAAAUAUUUGAGACAUUUGUAAUGGAAAAUGUGUAAUAAUUUGAACAUCCUAUUCCUAUGUAUAUGUUUGUCUUUAUUUAUUUAUUUUGCCAAAGAUGUGUAUAUUCGUAUAAGGAAUAUGUGAUUUUUAUUCCACUAUGG